AUGACAAUGACGGAGGAGCAAAAAGAGGAAAAGAAGCGAAAAAUUGAGGAGAUGAAAGAGGAGGAGAAGCCAAAAACUAUGUUUGGCAAAAUAAAGUAUUACCUGAAACGUUACUGGUAUAUCGCAGUUCCUGCUCAUGUGGCAUCCUGCACAUUAUGGUUUGGUGGCUGUUAUGCAUUAGUCCACUUUGGUGUUGAUACGGUGAGCCUGCUCCGAUUCUUGCACGUUCCAGAUGUAGUCAUUCAUAAGGUUGAAAGUGUGCCACCUAGUGCUGGAGCUUUUGUCAUAGCUCUGAUAUUGUACAAGGUAAUCCUCUUUCUUGCUUUGUGAAC